GAAGGCAGAGAAGCAGGAAGGUGCCCAGACAACAGUUGCCAGUUGUUAUUAGUGAGUUGGGCAGUGCCCCAGAUUUGCCCUUGUGCCUCUUCUCACUUCUCCACUUGUCAUUAAAUAUCACACUAGGGCUGGGUUAGUUCCAUAUAUGUGGGCAGCUCAACUCAUUCUAAUCUCUGAUCCAUCCAACGCACCAGCCCAUCAGCAGCAGCAAAGCGUCCCGGGAAGCGGCAGUCAGGGAAACCCCAGGCGGCAGUUAGAGUCCUGGCAGUUACAGACAGAAUGACACUGGGCUGAACCUGCACCUCCCAUGGGCUGGGGCCCCGCCUGGAUGUGGAACGGAUCCCCCACCCUCCCUCAAGCUCCCGGUGACUCUCAGGCAAAGGGAUUAAGGGAAAGUAUUUUGGGAGCAGCUAAUGGGAUCCUGGUUGUGCGCCUGGCUGUCCGUGCGCUAUGCUGUUGCGCUUCUCAUCUCUCCGCCGUGCUCUCCCCGCGCCGCCGCCGCUGAAAGCUGAAUCCCAACCCCGGCGACGCGCAGCCCGUCCAAUCCCGACUCUAGGGGACCGCUCGGCGCAAAGAGAUGGAGUGCGGGGGGAUAUUCAGGGGCUUCAUGCGGACAAACAUGAAUCUUGCCUCCCGGCUGUUGCUGCUGACACUUGUGAUUCUCCUGCAGGACUGCGCGCCUGGAGCGGCUCCACUGACUGUACCCGGGCUGCACCCAAGGCAAGCCAAGUUCCUAGACAAACUGGGGGACUACGAGAUAGUGACUCCCACCAGAGUGAAUGAGUUUGGAGAAGCCUUUCCCAGCGACAUGCACUUCAAGAGGACGAGGAGGAGUGUCCCUCACCCUAAUCCUGACAUUGACCCCUGGGCCACCUCUAGGACUCAUUACAAACUGUCAGCCUUUGGCCACCACUUUUUUCUCAACCUGACAGCCAAUUCUGGAUUUAUGGCACCGGUUUUCACAGUCAGUCUGCACGGGAAACCCAGAGACAACCAAAGCAGCUAUUACACCGACCCCACUGAUUUCCAACACUGUUUUUUCAGUGGCCACGUGAAUGACAGGACAGAGCACACUGCAGUCAUCAGCCUUUGUUCAGGGAUGCUUGGCACAUUCAAGUCUCAGGACGGGGACUAUUUUGUAGAACCGUUACUCUCUGAUGAGCGUGAAUAUGAAGAACACAACAAGCCACACAUUGUCUAUAGACACAACCCAAGGGAUAAACAGAUGUGCAACACCACAGAGUCGACGCACAGUUCGGUCGCACACGCAGAGGGAAGAGCCCAACCGGAACACAAUAACUUGCUUUCGGAUGUCGAGGCUUUGAAUAAGGGCCUGCCAGGAACCCCGAAACCCCUGUUCAAUAAAAUAGAUAGCAUCAACGGAUCCUUGCGAAGAACUAAGCGAUUUUUGUCGUAUCCGCGCUACGUGGAAGUGAUGGUGGUGGCAGACAACAAGAUGGUUGAAUAUCAUGGAGCUAAUCUGCAGCAUUACGUUCUGACUCUCAUGUCCAUAGUAGCCUCAAUUUAUAAGGAUCCAAGCAUCGGGAAUUUAAUUAAUAUUGCCAUAGUUAAAUUAGCAGUGGUCCACGAUGAACAGGAGGGUCCGGCCAUCUCGUUCAAUGCUCAAAGCACUUUGAAAAAUUUUUGCUUAUGGCAACAAUCCCAGAACAACCCAGAUGACAAUCAUCCGUCACACCAUGAUACGGCCGUGCUCAUCACCCGACAGGAUAUUUGUAGGGCAAAAGAAAAAUGCGAUACUUUGGGUCUGGCUGAACUCGGCACCGUGUGUGACCCUUACCGGAGCUGCUCAAUAAGUGAAGAUAAUGGUCUAAGCACAGCCUUUACCAUAGCACAUGAGAUUGGACACGUAUUCAACAUGCCGCACGACGACAGCAACAAAUGCAAAGAGGAGAGCGGCAAAAACCAACAGCACGUUAUGUCGCCGACCCUUAAUUUUUAUACCAACCCUUGGAUGUGGUCAAAGUGCAGCCGGAAAUACGUCACGCAGUUUCUAGACACGGGGUACGGGGAGUGCCUGCUGGAUGAGCCGGUCACUAGAAUUUACACGUUGCCUCAGCAGCUACCGGGUGCUUUGUACAAUGUCAAUAAGCAAUGUGAAUUAAUAUUCGGGCCGGGAUCCCAGGUGUGCCCGUAUAUGCAAAUGCAGUGCAGGCGACUGUGGUGCAUCAGCAGUGAUGGGCAACACAAGGGUUGCCGGACCCAACACACGCCGUGGGCAGAUGGCUCUGAAUGUGAACCAGGAAAGCACUGCAGAUAUGGAGUAUGUGUUCCUAAGGAAAGGGACUUACAGGUUACAGAUGGAUCUUGGGGGUCCUGGAGUCCAUUCGGAGCCUGUUCUCGCUCAUGUGGCGGUGGGAUAAAAACUGCAAUCCGUGAAUGCAAUAGACCUGAACCUAAAAAUGGUGGUAAAUACUGUGUUGGGCGCAGAAUGAAAUUUAAAUCGUGCAAUACAGAGUUAUGUGGCAAGCAGAAGAGAGACUUCAGAGAAGAACAAUGUGCCGAUUUUGACGGGAAGCAUUUCAAUAUUAAUGGUCUACCUCCAAAUGUGCGUUGGGUUCCUAAAUACAGUGGCAUUUUAAUGAAAGACCGCUGCAAGCUCUUCUGCCGAGUAGCCGGGAGCACGGCUUAUUAUCAACUCAGGGACAGAUUGGUGGAUGGAACAUCAUGUGGGCCGGACACGAAUGAUAUCUGUGUGCAAGGACUGUGUCGGCAAGCUGGAUGUGACCAUGUUCUCAACUCAAAGGCCAGAAUGGACAAGUGUGGUGUUUGUGGGGGAGACAAUUCAUCCUGUAAAACAAUCGCUGGAACUUAUAAUAUAGUGCAUUACGGCUACAACUCUGUGGUUCGUAUUCCAGCUGGUGCUACUAACCUUGACGUUCGACAACACAGCUACUCAGGGAAGCCAGAAGAUGACAAUUACCUUGCUUUGUCGAACAGUCAUGGAGAAUUUCUUUUAAAUGGAGACUUUGUGGUCAGUAUGUUCAAAAGGGAAAUCAAAGUGGGAAACGCAGUGAUUGAAUACAGCGGCUCAGACAACGCCAUUGAAAGGAUUAAUUGCACGGAUCGCAUUGAGCAAGAAAUAGUCCUCCAGAUCCUCUCAGUGGGUAAUCUAUAUAAUCCAGAUGUGCGGUAUACUUUUAAUAUUCCAAUUGAAGAUAAACCUCAGCAGUUUUACUGGAAUCCUUAUGGGCCCUGGCAGCCCUGCAACAAAAUGUGCCAAGGGGAACGCAGACAGAAACCUGUAUGUAUCCGGGACUCUGACCAGCUAGUUGUUUCGGAUCAGAGAUGUGAUCGAAUUCCUAAGCCUGAGCCAGUAACAGAGCCAUGUAACAGUGAAUGUGAAGUAAGGUGGCACGUGGCCAGAAGGAGUGAAUGUACCGUACAGUGCGGCCUGGGAUACCGGACACUUGAUAUUCACUGUGCCAAAUACACCAGGGCAGACGGGAAGAGUGAAAAAGUGGACGAGAGAUAUUGCCUCCAUCUACAGAAACCGCUUAAUAAAGAGAAGUGUUCCGGAGACUGCAACACAGGCGGGUGGCGUUACUCGCCCUGGUCAGAAUGUUCCAAAAGUUGCGGGACAGGGACAAGAAGAAGACGAGCCAUCUGCGCGAACGCGCUGCACGAUAUUCUGGACGACGGCAAAUGUGGGACGCAGGAGAAGCCGACAGAGCAGCACUGCAGUGAGUUCCUGUGCCCCCAGUGGAAAACAGGAGACUGGUCUGAUUGCCUGGUGACUUGCGGGAAGGGGCACAAACAUCGACAGACCUGGUGUCAGUUUAGAGAGGAUCGGUUAAACAACAGGUUCUGCGAGGCGGAGACAGAGCCGGAAUCGGUGCAGGCCUGUCAGCAGCCGGAAUGUGCAAACUGGCAGGUUGGACCGUGGGGACAGUGUACGGCAGCCUGUGGCCCAGGAUAUCAGAUGCGGGCAGUGAAAUGCAUGGUGGGUGCUUACGGAGCAGUGGCUGAUGACAGUGAGUGCAAUGCUGCCACCCGACCAACAGACACUCAGGAUUGUGAAGCAGAUGCGUGCCCCAGCAUUCCUGAGACCAAGCAAAUUGUACACAGCAGGGCCCAGUGGCGCUUUGGAUCUUGGACCCCUUGCUCAGCGACUUGUGGCAAAGGGACCAGAAUGCGAUACGUCAGCUGCCGUGAUGAUCAGGGGUCUGUGGCGGAUGAAGUGACCUGCACUCAACUACCUAAACCACUAGCCACCGAAAUGUGCUCUGUGACCCCUUGUGGGCAAUGGAAAGCCCUUGAGUGGAGUUCUUGUUCCGUCACUUGUGGACAAGGAAAGGCAACCCGGCAAGUCAUUUGCGUGGAUUUCACAGAUCAGACAGUGGAUGGAAGUGAAUGUGACCCAGAUAAUGUACCAGCAGUGGAUCAGGAAUGCUCCAUGCCCCCAUGCUAUUACCUAAACCAUGACUACAGCAGGCCCAUUCAGACCUUCCCAAACUUGGAUCAACGGGUGCGAUCUAAUCCCACUCUGGCCAUUCUUAAUAGGAAUGUUGGUCUAUCGGCUGGUCCAGGUGGCAGCCAAUGGCGAAUUGGGCCUUGGGGAGCAUGCUCCAGUUCCUGCGCCAGCGGCUUCCAGAGGAGGGUGGUAGUAUGUCAAGAUGAAAAUGGAUAUCCAGCAAGUAACUGUGAUGAGAAAACCAAACCCAUUGAGCAGCGGUCAUGUGAAUCGGGAUCGUGCCCUCAGUGGGCAUUUGGCAACUGGGGGGAGUGCUCCAAAAAAUGUGGCGACGGAACGAGGACACGGCAGGUGGUUUGUCAGAGAUCCAACCUGGAUAUAUUUAAUGAUCUCAGCUGUGAUAUUCUUGAUAAACCACCGGAUCGAGAGCAGUGCAAUGUGCAGAGUUGCCCUCGGGAGGUUGGCUGGAACAGUGGCCCCUGGAACGUGUGUUCUGUUUCCUGUGGACGUGGAGUGAAGACAAGGUCCGUAUAUUGUGCGACGAAAGAAGGACUGACCGUAGACCCCGAAACCUGUAGACACUUGGCAAAGCCAAACAUGCAGAAAAAGUGCCGAGGUGGGAGGUGCCCCAAGUGGAAAGCUGGAGAGUGGGGAAAGUGCUCAGUAACGUGUGGAAGAGGAAUCCGGCAACGAGCCGUCCACUGCCAAGUGGGUGCCCAGAAGAUGCCGCGGGAGUCAGAGUGCCCCCAACGCACGAAGCCCCAGUCUGAGCAAAACUGCCAGCUCUCCAAGUGUCAGCUUUAUGCUUGGAAAGCAGAGGAAUGGCAAGAAUGCAGCAAGACUUGUGAUGAAGGGAUUCGCUACAGGAAAGUCACGUGCCAGAAUGAAGACAAGAAGGAGAUUCCGCACUCGCACUGCGAGGAGAACAAGAGGCCACUGGAGGUGGAGAAAUGCAACGUACAUUCCUGCGAGUUCCUGUGGCUCACAGGAGAGUGGUCGGAGUGUUCGGUGACAUGUGGCAAUGGUUACAAGCAGAGACUGGUGACCUGCAGUGAGGUCUAUUCAUCUAAGGACCAUUACGAAUACGGAUACCAAAGCUCAGCAAACUGCCCAGGAGAACAGCCUCCCACCGUCCAAAACUGCUACCAAGGAGAAUGCCCAAUAUCUGCCUCUUGGAGAGUUGGCAACUGGGGGAAAUGCUCUGUCACGUGUGGAUCUGGCGUCAUGCAACGUUCCGUGCAGUGUCUCACCAAUGAGGAUCAGCAAAGCAACAUGUGCAGAAUGGAUCAGAUGCCUGAAGAAAAGAGAAUAUGCUACAGUAACCAUGACUGUGACAUGCCAAAGAAUUGUCUAGAAAUUAAAAGGCGCAAACACGUUGGUGAAGAUGGGGAACACUAUGUUAUGAUUCAAGAAAAAAUAAUAAAGAUAUACUGUGCCGGGAUGCAGUCGGAGAACCCGAAGGAAUAUAUCACUCUACUAAGCGGCGAAGCAGAAAAUUUCUCAGAAGUCUAUGGUUACAGAUUACAGAAUCCCACAGAAUGCCCAUAUAACGGCACCAGGAGGGAGGACUGCCAAUGUAAGAAGGACUAUACGGCUGCCGGAUUCUCUACCUUCAGUAAAGUGAGGCUGGAUCUUGUGACGAUGCAGAUAAUAACCACUGAUUUGCAUUUUGCACGAACACAGGAUGGAAGGCCGGUACCAUUUGCCACAGCCGGAGACUGUUACAGUGCAGCAAAGUGCCCCCAGGGUCGUUUUAGCGUCAACCUUUUAGGAACUGGCCUAUCGAUAUCAGAAACAGCAAAAUGGAUGUCACAAGGGAAUUACGCAGUGACUGAAAUAAAAAAAUCACCGGACGGAACCAAAGUGACAGGGAGGUGUGGCGGUUACUGUGGGAAGUGUGUCCCAUCCUCGGCAAUCGGUCUUGGCGUUCACGUGUUAUAGAACUGGUUCCUAUACAGCAAAAAGCGACAGAUGAAGAGCCGCGUUGCAAUACCUCUACACUCAGCGUUUGUACAUGUGUAAAUAGCUCAAUGUAAACCAAAUCAUGUAUAUUCUAUUUAUGUCUGAAAUUAUUUAUUUUGACUAAAUAUUUGUUCUGGUUAAAAAGACAAAAAAAAAUCUGAAAAAAAAAGUUCCUUUACAAACCCUCCUAGAUGUGUCUCCAGUUUAACGCAUUAUUGGAUCUUCCAUCAGCCAAGUGGUGCCGGUUGCUUAACAUGUUUAUAUAUAUAUAUAUAUAAUACACAGAAGCUAUGAAUAUCCUGUAAAUGAUAUCCUUAUUAAU